GUUAUUUGUCGCUUGCUGUCGCCAGUUGCUGGGCUGGACUAGAAGUUGAGGUGUGGAAUUGGUUUGUUUAUCGUUGGUUUGGAGAAGUUAAUUCGUAAAGUAAAAUGUCGUUCUGAUGUGAUAUUCGGUGCAUUACCUUUUUUCUAAAAAUAUUAGAUUUGUGUUUUUUGUGUGGUGAUAACAAGUGAAGUUUUAUGUGUUAGUUUUUAAGUGGUUGGAGCUACGUUGUUUAGCUUGGGAGGUGGACUUCUGAACGGAGGCUCUGUUGGAUUAUAUACCACACUCACAUUCCAAGGUGGACGGUAGAAGAUGUCGCACCACAGUGAUGACACGAUGCUGAUCGCCACCUCCGACUCGUUCUGGGAGCCGAAUAAUUUCAAGCGUACGACCAAGCGCAUAGAGGAUGGCUACAAACUGUGCAAUGACCUGAUGACACUGGUGCAGGAACGGGCGGACAUUGAGAAGGCAUACGCUAAGAGUCUCAAGGGCUGGGCUAAAAAGUGGAAUGACAUCAUAGAGAAGGAUUCUUGGCCAGAGUAUGGGACGACGGAAGCGGCAUGGAAGGGUGUGCUGGUGGAAGCUGACAGACUCUGUGAACUCCACCUCAAAGUCAAGGACAACCUGGUCAACGAGUCCAUACACAAGGUCAAAACGUGGCAGAAGGACACAUACCACAAGUCGAUGAUUCAAAUCAAAGAGAGGAAGGAGAUGGAGGACGCAUUCAAGAAGGCUCAGAAACCAUGGGCGAAGCUGCUGGCAAAAGUGAACAAGGCGAAAAGUGACUACCACACGGCUUGCAAACAGGAGAAGAGUGCCAGCAACCAGGAGAGGAAUGCCACCGGAGACAGUUCCUUCUCCAUGGACCAGAAGUCCCUCCUCAACCACAGCUUCACUCUAUUGAUCACUCCUCCUUCCAAAAAGCUCAAAAAGGUGAAGAAGAUGCAGGACAGGGUCCAGAAGUCGAAGGAAGAAGUUCAGAAAGGGAAGGAAAAGUACGAGCUGGCCUUGCAGGAGCUGAACGCCUACAACCCCAAGUACAUGGAGGACAUGACGGUGGUGUUCGACAAGUGCCAGGAAAUGGAGACCCAGAGGCUUCAGUUCUUCAAAGAAACACUUUUUUCGAUACACAAGUGUCUCAACAUCUCGCAAGACCCUGACCUACCGCAAAUCUAUGAAGAAUUCUACCACACAGUAAACAAUGCAGAUCACGAGAAGGACCUGAAAUGGUGGUCCAACAAUCACGGGGUCAACAUGGCCAUGAACUGGCCUCUGUUCGAGGACUACACGGAGGAGUUCCGAGACAUCGCCAAGGGCAAGUCCAAGGAGGCUCUCCCGGCCGGCAGCAUCACGCUAAUCAACCAACGGCCCGUCGGCGAGGACACUCAUGAAUUCCCACCAGUGAACCACAAGUCGUCCAAUAAGAAGGUCGCCCCAGUCUCGACUCAAGUGUCCACCAACAGAACAAUCUCAACAGAGAGCUCCGAGAGCAAGAAGUCGGAAAAGAUUGAGAACAACGGAACCACCACUACUCUCACGAAUGGUAAUGGUACGACGACAAGUAGAGAAGCCAACCCAUUCGAGGAGGAGGAGUGGGAUGAGGAGGGCGGAGAUGCCCUGGUGGAUACGGGAGAGCCUGGAGUGCCGGUGAAGGCUCUCUAUGACUACGAGGGAGCGGAGAGCGAUGAACUCAGCUUCAAGCAAGGGGACCUGUUUGAGAAGCUUGAGGAUGAGGAUGAGCAGGGCUGGUGCAAGGGCAGGAAGGACGGGAGGGUGGGCCUUUACCCUGCCAACUACGUGGAGCCUGUACAGUAGUGGGACAGAUUGUGCGCACGGGAACAUCACAUUGCUCGUUUCUUGUUGAUUCUUAAACUUAAUGUGUCUUUUAUUAUUGUAUUAAAUUGAUUCACGCAAUAAUUUUUGUUUCACUCUAGAAAGUAAACGUAACGUAUAAUUAAUUAAUUGAAGUAUUGAGUACGCCAAUGUACCAAGUCGCAAUUAUUAGUUUUAAAAGUUUAUUUUGGAUUAGUUAUCGCCAUUUUGAUUUAGAUUUUCUUCAUACCAAAAAUUUGACAAUAAUAAAAGUUGUUUUAAUAUUUUAAAUUUUAUUAUUAAAUAAUAUAAUUUGGAAGUAUAAUAAUCAGGAAUUACACUUUUAUUGAGUUUUCUACAAUCAGUAAUUUUUAAUAAUUAUCAAUUGGAUUCAGUGUUUUUAUAUGUAUGUAAAACAUUUAUAUACUCAGAUUAGAAGCUUUCAUCAAAGAAAAUUACAGGCUGUAAUUUGUAAAUUUCGUAUCAAUACGUAAUAUUUUAACUAUGAUCAUUUGUUUGAAUAAUUAUUAAAUACACAAUACGUAUACACGUAAAUACUAAAAUGGCUCUAGCUAUAAAAAUAAAUCAAUAUUAUUUUUAUAUGUAUCUUUUAUCUUUUAAAUAAACGUCUAAGAAAUAAAGUAUAUCUUCAUAAAGUAAGAAUAUUGGCAGCUUACCAUACAUAAGUAUAUAAUAAGUAUUUCUGUAAUUUUAUUUUCUUUUGUUAUGUUGUUUAGUACUUAUAAUUUCUUUGUAUAAAAGUAUUGUUUUAAUUAUGUGUUUUAUGAAUAGUGUAAAAUAAGUCAUAUGCAAUGAUAUAUUUCUUUACAGUUUUGUUGAUUAAUUUUAAAUAUUUAUUGUUGAAAGCCAAGGUGCGUUUAUUGUAUUGUAAGAUGUGCUCAAGGACACGGUCUAUUGUAAUUAUAUAUGUAUAAAGCCACUCCCAUAUUAGAUAGGUUAUGAUAAAAUAAUAAAGUGUAUUUGUUUAUUUUUAUUUUUGUUAAUCCCCGGAGGGGAACCGUGUUCCAGGUUGUGUAUUUAUUUUUAAAAUAUUGUACACAUGUAACAUAAUUUUAAAUAAUAAAUCCGUUUCUAGCUAUAAUAAAUGUUUAUGAUCUUUA